AUGUCUUUUCGACUUUCUACUGGAUCCAGGCGGAUCUGCUCCCGAGCUGGCUCUGUUAGGCUCUCAGGUGGAGGACCAGGCUUUGCAAGUGGAAAUGUGUGUGGUGGGAUUUCUCUUGGGGGCAUUUCUUCUGGAGGAGGCUUCUGUAAUGGUGGUGCAGGGUUGGGAAGCGGGGGCUACACUGGGAUUCUUGGAAAUGAGCAUGGCCUCCUCUCUGGAAAUGAAAAGGUAACCAUGCAGAACCUCAACGACCGCCUGGCGUCCUACCUGGACCAUGUGCGAGCUCUGGAGGAAGCAAAUGCUGAUCUAGAGAAGAAGAUCAAGGAUUGGUAUGAGAAAUAUGGUCCUGGAGCUUGCCGGGGACUUGACCAUGACUAUGGCAGAUAUUUCUCAGUCAUUGAAGAUCUUAAAGGGCAGAUUAUUUCUAUGACUACUUGCAACGCUCGUGUUGUUCUGCAGAAUGACAACGCCAGACUGACCGCUGACGACUUCAGGCUGAAGUAUGAGAAUGAGCUGGCUCUACACCAGAGCGUUGAAGCUGACAUCAACGGUCUUCGCAGAGUGCUGGAUGAGCUGACCCUUUGUACAACAGACCUGGAAAUACAGUGUGAAACACUCAGCGAGGAAUUAGCAUUCCUCAAAAACAACCAUGAGGAGGAAAUGAAAGUCCUUCAGUGUACAGCAGGAGGGAACGUGAACGUGGAGAUGAAUGCAGCCCCAGGAGUGGAUCUGACUGUCCUAUUGGACAAUAUGAGGGCCGAGUAUGAGGACUUGGCUGAGCAGAACCGCAAAGACGCCGAAGUCUGGUUUAAUGAGAAGAGUGCAUUCCUGCAACAACAGAUUUCUGAUGACCAGGGAGCCGUCACAGCAGCAAGAAACGAGCUGACAGAACUGAAACGCAAUCUCCAAACUCUGGAAAUAGAGCUUCAGUCCCUCAUGGCUGUGAAACAUUCUUACGAAUGCUCCUUGGCCGAGACUGAAGGAAAUUACUGCGUUCAACUUCAGCAAAUCCAGGAUCAGAUCGGGCCACUGGAAGAGCAAAUGCAACAGAUUCGAACAGAAAUAGAAGGCCAGAAGCUGGAGCAUGAGCAGCUUCUAGAUAUCAAAAUUGUCUUAGAAAAAGAAAUCGAAACUUACUGCAGCUUAAUAGAUGGAGAAGAAAGAGAAGGCAAAUCCACACGUUACAAAUCAAUAGGAUGUGUGCCUGUAAACCCUGGCAAUCAAGUGAAAGACUCAACAGAAGAAAUUGUUGUCAAAACAGUGCUUGAAGAACUAGAUCAACUUGGUAAUGUCCUUUCAGUAAGGGUCCACUCAGUUGAAGAAAAAUCCUCGAAAAUGAGCAACAUUACAAUGGAGCAACGAGUACCAUCUAAAACACCGUAA